GAGGGCCGGGCAGGAAGGUUUAUGCAGGUUACCAGCCUCUAUUGGAAUAGAGCCGAAAAGGCUGUCUACUCACCCUAUCAAUGCCCGGCUAUUCUUCACCCUGUCUCGGUCGAACUUCACCUUGUGCAACCGACAGUUCUUGUGGCAGCAAACUCCACCACACGCGAUUCCAUCUGCACCGGUCAGUAAGCUCCGCGCUGCAAUGCUUCUCAGCUACCUCGGGAAAACAGACACAUUAUGAGACUGUGACCAUUUAUCCGAACGACACAGCAGGUCAUGUCAGGUAGGAAACAACACUUUCCCGCACCCGACAAUGCAGAAGCUUCCAU